UGCACAGUACUCAUUGUUCCGUAGCAUUGUAGCCCGGGAGAGCAUUUGUGGAGCACCGACGUUAGGGGGUGUUCAUUCACCGUCUUCUCGAAAAUUGCAUCUCCCCGUCGCCUCUCCGCAGAACACGUUCCUCGCUCAUACGUCGUUGGCUGUGCUACAGUCGCGUGAACGUGGAGAUCCAGUGACCGGGAGGGGUUUUCUUCGGCGGUUUUAUCGGCGGUUCUUCUCUGUGAGCGGCAGGCACCCGGACGCACGCUGAUGGCGGUCACUAUUGAGGACCUCUACCGUAACUACGGGAUCCUUGCCGACGCUAAGGACAACCUCAGUCAGCACAAAGAUGCUUACCAAGUAAUCCUGGAUGGUGUUAAAGGUGGCCCCAAGGAGAAGCGCCUGGCAGCACAGUUUAUUCCCAAGUUCUUCAGCAGCUUUCCGGAACUCGCCGAUGCAGCCAUAAAUGCUCAGCUUGAUCUUUGUGAGGAUGAAGAUGUUUCGAUUCGACGGCAGGCAAUCAAGGAGCUGCCACGGUUUGCAACUGGCGAGAACAUCCUCAGAGUUGCAGAUAUUCUCACCCAGCUCCUUCAGACAGAUGACACUGCAGAAUUCAACCAAGUGAAUACAGCCCUCGUUUCCAUAUUCAAGAUGGAUGCUAAGGGUACCCUGGGGGGGCUCUUCUCUCAGAUCCUGCAGGGAGAGGAUAUCGUUCGUGAGAGGGCGAUCAAGUUUCUGUCAACCAAGCUGAAGACCCUGCCAGAGGAUGUCAUGACAAAGGAGGUGGAGGACUAUGUCUUUGCAGAAACAAAGAAGGUGCUGGAAGAUGUGACGGGGGAGGAGUUUGUGCUGUUGAUGCGACUGGUGUCCGGCCUGCGGGUGCUGCAGACUGUGCACGGCCGGCAGCAGCUGGUGGAGAUGGUGGUAGAGCAGGCUUUCCUUGAGCAGGCUCUAAACCCAGCCGACCCAGACACCGUUGACCGCCUACUGCAGUGUACACGCCAGGCCCUACCCCUGUUCUCUAAAAACGUCCAUUCCACACGUUUUGUAACCUACUUCUGUGAACAUGUGCUGCCCAACCUCAGCACCCUGACAACGCCUGUGGCUGACUUGGACAUUCAGUUGGAGGUACUGAAGCUGCUGGCUGAGAUGAGUCCGUACUGUGGAGACAUGGAAAAGCUGGAGGCCAACCUCAACAUGCUGUUUACCAAGCUGCUGGAGUUUAUGCCUCUGCCGCCAGAGGAGGUGGAGAAUGGAGAGAACUCGACGAGCGAGGAGCCCAAACUGCAGUUCAGCUAUGUUGAGUGCCUCCUCUUCGGCUUCCACCAGCUGGGCCGGAAACUGCCAGACUUCCUCCUCGACAAAGUUGACAAUGAGCGCCUCAAAGACUUUAAGAUCAGGUUACAGUACUUUGCCAGGGGCCUGCAGGUUUACAUCAGACAGCUGCGAGUCGCACUGCAGGGCAAGACGGGGGACGCUCUAAAAACAGAUGAGAACAAGAUCAAAGUGGUGGCCCUAAAAAUCACAAACAACAUCAACGUCCUUAUCAAGGAUCUCUUCCACAACCCUCCAUCAUACAAGAGCACCGUCACUCUAUCCUGGAAACCAGUCCAGAGGACAGAGGCGGCAGCAGCAGCAGCAGCAGCAGCACCGAAGCGUCCUUCAGCUGAAGAGAUGGGGUCUGGCGGCAGCACAAAAAAACAGAUCUCUCCCCUGCCCCGGAGGGAUGCACGACAAAUCUACAAUCCUCCCAGCGGCAAGUUCAGCGCCUCCAUUGGCAAUUUUAACUAUGAACGCGGAGGCUUCAGGGGCGGACGAGGACGAGGCUUCGGAGCCAGAGGCAACAGGAGCCGAGGCCGAAUCUACUGAGACGCACGCUCACAAAAUACAUAUUGCUCAUUGAACUGCAUCACAUCAGGAUCUUUUCCGCACCAAGAUGGACUGUGUCUCCCACUCGUCUGUUCUUUUAACUGAUCUCCAUGUCUCUUUCACAAGAAGUCACAUGAACUUUAUUGAAUUUUUUCAGGCAGUUCUAUGUUCCUGUUUUUAGAAUAUUAGACAACAGGCUCAGACUUUUGUACCUGCCGUUUCAACAUUAACUCAUAACUGUAUUCCUCUUGACCCAGACUUUAGUUCAAGUAAAACUAGAUUGUGUUUUUCCUUCAUAAAAAAAGAUGAUAUUCUGUGUAUUUUUGUGGAAAAAGACUGCCAAGUCGUAACUGAUUAAUAUUUUUGUCAGAUUGUUAUUGGUAAAGAUAAAGAUCCUUUUGUUUUGCGAAAUGUUGAUGAAUGCAUUUCUUUCUACCUUUUUAUUUAAUCUUUUUUUUAUUCUAGCUUAAGUUGAAUUGGCUUAUGUUACUUUGUAUGAAUCAAUGAUGUUGUUCAUUGGAUUUUUAUCAUAAACUUGUAUGGAACUAA